GCAACGGCCGUAGCCUCCGCUGUGUAACUACCGCCCUGCCUCUGGGAAUUGAAGUUUCUGUGGAAGGAAGCGUGAGCGGUAACCAGGCCAACCCAGAAAGGCUUUCUUUCUGAGAUUUCACUUCCCUAUCAACUCCUCAGCUCGUUGUUUUUCAGAGGCACCAAAUAAUGUCAUCUGAAAUGUUGCCAGCAUUUAUUGAAACUUCUAAUGUUGACAAAGAGCAAGGCAUAAAUGAAGAUCAAGAGGAGAGCCAGAAGCCAAGAUUAGGUGAAGAGUGUGAACCAAUAUCUAAACGACAAAUGAAAAAACUAAUAAAACAGAAACAAUGGGAAGAGCAACGGGAACUCCGCAAACAAAAGCGAAAAGAAAAACGCAAGAGGAAAAAAUUAGAGCGACAAUGUCAAAUGGAAUCAAACUCAGAUGGAAAUGACAGAAAACGUGUUCGAAGAGAUGUUGUUCAUAGCACCCUUCGCCUUAUUAUUGACUGUAGUUUUGAUGACUUGAUGGUAUUAAAGGACAUUAAGAAACUUCAUAAGCAGAUUCAACGAUGUUACGCAGAAAACCGACGGGCACUGCAUCCUGUGCAGUUUUACUUGACAAGCCACGGAGGCCAGCUGAAAAAGAACAUGGAUGAAAAUGACAAAGGAUGGGUCAACUGGAAGGAUAUCCAUAUCAAACCAGAGCACUAUAGUGAACUCAUAAAAAAAGAAGACCUGAUUUACCUUACAUCAGAUUCACCUAAUAUACUGAAGGAAUUAGAUGAAUCAAAGGCCUAUGUGAUUGGAGGAUUAGUAGAUCACAACCAUCACAAGGGACUCACAUAUAAACAAGCAUCAGAUUAUGGAAUCAAUCAUGCACAGCUCCCGCUUGGAAAUUUUGUGAAGAUGAAUAGUCGAAAAGUUUUGGCAGUUAAUCAUGUGUUUGAAAUUAUUCUGGAAUACCUGGAAACAAGAGACUGGCAAGAAGCGUUUUUUACUAUCUUGCCCCAGCGGAAAGGAGCUGUUCCCACAGACAAAGCCUGUGAAAGUGCUUCUCAUGACAGUCAGUCUGUCAGGAUGGAGGAAGGUGGAUCGGACAGUGAUUCCAGUGAGGAGGAAUAUAGCAGAAAUGAACUAGAUUCACCACAUGAAGAAAAGCAGGAUAAGGAAAAUCACACUGAAUCUACAGUGAACUCUCUGCCACACUAAAGUUACCUGGUUUCCUUUUAGUUUAAGGAAAAAUUAGGAGAAAGUGAGGUGCUAUAUAGAAUAUUGAAAUUGGAAGAACAUUUUAUUUUCUCUUAUUUCUGUUGUGAUUUUUAAAAACUUUUUUUUGGACCUAAAUAAUAAUAAAAAAUGCCCUUUAAA